AUGGGGACUUCAAAUAAUGAGACUGAAUUCAUUCUUUUGGGCAUUACAAAAAAUCCAGAACUAAGGAAAAUAUUCUCUGCUUUGUUUCUCGCCAUGUGUGUGACUACAGUGUUGGGAAAUCUAUUCAUUGUGGUGACGCUGGCUGCAAGUCGGAGUCUGAGGUCAUCUAUGUACUUUUUCCUUACUUCCUUGUCUCUCGUGGAUGCCACCUACUCUUCUGUCAUUGCCCCUAAGAUGACUGUGGACUCUUUAUCUGAGAACACUACCAUUUCUCUCGAAGGCUGCAUGACCCAGCUCUUUGCAGAGUAUUUCUUUGGUGGUGUAGGGAUCAUCCUUCUCACUGUGAUGGUCUAUGACUGUAAGCCCCUGCACUACACAACCGUCAUGAGUCCACGGGAGUUACUGUUGGUAGAAGCUUGGAUGGGGGGAUUCAUGCAUGCCACAAUACAGUUUUUUAUCAUAGAUCAAAUACUCUUCUGUGGUCCAAAUAUAAUUGACCAUUUUAUAUGUGAUUUGUUUCCAUUGUUGAAACUUGCCUGCAUGGACACCCACACCCACAUCCCGGGUCUCUUAGUCCUCCUCAACAGUGGGGUGAUGAGUAUGGCCAUCUUCCUUAUCCUAAUUGCAUCCUACAUGGUCAUCCUGUGCUCCUUGAAGUCUUGCAGCUCUAUAGGUCAAUGCAAAGCCCUCUCCAACUGUGGCUCCCACCUCACAGCGGUCAUCUUGUUCUUCGUGGCGUGUAUUUUCUUGUACAUAAGGCCUGUGGUCACUUACCCCAUAGACAAGGAAAUGGCUAUUUCCUUUACUGUUGUUGCACCCAUGUUAAGUCCACUGAUCUACACCCUGAGGAACAUCAAGGUAAAAAAUGUCGUAAGAAAACUGUGGAUGAAACAGGGGACCCUAGGUGGUCACUAG